UUAGAAAUCGCAGAAAUUAUUUCCUUAUCGUUCCGAAUCGUACAAGUUGCAUCCUGCAUAACACACACAAAAAUUAAAAUUGGCAAAAUUAAGCUUCCGCCAAAAUUUGUUCCAUUUGGUAACAAGACAAGUAAUGAGAGAACAUUAUAAAUGCGAAAAAGAGCUGUUGUCAGUCCACCAUUGAGACCCCCCAAGCUACCCUACAUUCCCCUGCAGUUAUGCUAUCAAAAUUGCAACAUACUUUUACAUAGGACAAAUAUAGUAGGGUUCCUAGUCAUUCUGCUAUGCAGCAAAGCUGCAUGCAUACUGAUAGAAUCAUGAGCACUUUCCCGAAGCACUUCCUGUAGGCUGAAUAGGCCAAUUGUUAGUAGAAUAAUAAACGCCUACAAAUUGAGGGCGUAAACAAUAUGAAGAGGAUAUUAUAAAAGCUAAGCGAGAUCGACCAAGCUGAGAGAGUUUGCAAUUUGCGGCUAGACUGGGAUGGACGGUUUAAAGAAUCAACACCAACUUUGUUUGGUGAAAUACGUUUUGUUUUCUUUGUCACUUAUCAUGAUCCAAGGUGCCCCAACAUCGACUGUGAGGGAAAGUCGUGAACAACAAACAGGUGCACUGAAAAUAGCCUGGGUCACGAGUUCACCGAAUGAUAUAAUUGAAGGCAAACCAAGGGAUUUGCAAUGCUUUUUCUCGGGAAUGCCACUCCCACACGAGGUCCAUUGGUACAAGGAUGGAGAACUAAUCACAAACGAAACAGAAGGUAUUUAUCACUCAGAGGACGAGAAAGAGAAGAACGGCGAAAAAACUCUCCGAAGCACACUUCAUCUUCCGCCGGGACGUGAGGAGCAGGAAGGAUUUUACAAGUGCAGUGCAAGAAACAGUAUUCCGAGCAGCGCGUCCUUUGAGAUACAGAUGAUAUAUGAAUGUCCAUUAGCAAAAGGCCCAACCAAUCACUCAUCGGAGAUUCGUGCGCACAAAUCUUCUAACGUCAGCUUGUCAUGCUGGAUUGACUAUGAUGACUAUUGUCCAGAAGAACUGCUUUGGAAGUUAAACGACGAACCAGAACCCCUGCCCGAAAGCGGUAAAAAGUAUAAAGUGGAACUAAAAGACACGCACACCAAAUGCCAGAAAGAAUUCAUCCUCUCCAUUUUUGACGUUACGGAAAGUGACGAGGGAACAUACAGUUGCCGCUGGCUCUGCGAGUACGAAAACACCACAAAAGCUGCCAUUGAUUUGAAAGUAGUCGAUGACCUGCAGACAGAUGAUGACCAGGGCCAGGAUGCGUUCUGGAAGCAGCGUGGAUUAGCUAAUAUAACUGGGAUGGACGGUUUAAAGAAUCAACACCAACUUUGUUUGGUGAAAUACGUUUUGUUUUCUUUGUCACUUAUCAUGAUCCAAGGUGCCCCAACAUCGACUGUGAGGGAAAGUCGUGAACAACAAACAGGUGCACUGAAAAUAGCCUGGGUCACGAGUUCACCGAAUGAUAUAAUUGAAGGCAAACCAAGGGAUUUGCAAUGCUUUUUCUCGGGAAUGCCACUCCCACACGAGGUCCAUUGGUACAAGGAUGGAGAACUAAUCACAAACGAAACAGAAGGUAUUUAUCACUCAGAGGACGAGAAAGAGAAGAACGGCGAAAAAACUCUCCGAAGCACACUUCAUCUUCCGCCGGGACGUGAGGAGCAGGAAGGAUUUUACAAGUGCAGUGCAAGAAACAGUAUUCCGAGCAGCGCGUCCUUUGAGAUACAGAUGAUAUAUGAAUGUCCAUUAGCAAAAGGCCCAACCAAUCACUCAUCGGAGAUUCGUGCGCACAAAUCUUCUAACGUCAGCUUGUCAUGCUGGAUUGACUAUGAUGACUAUUGUCCAGAAGAACUGCUUUGGAAGUUAAACGACGAACCAGAACCCCUGCCCGAAAGCGGUAAAAAGUAUAAAGUGGAACUAAAAGACACGCACACCAAAUGCCAGAAAGAAUUCAUCCUCUCCAUUUUUGACGUUACGGAAAGUGACGAGGGAACAUACAGUUGCCGCUGGCUCUGCGAGUACGAAAACACCACAAAAGCUGCCAUUGAUUUGAAAGUAGUCGAUGACCUGCAGACAGGAGUUAUAGGCAGGUUUUAAAGUAUCUUGGAUUAUGCAUUGAAGAUGAUCAGGGCCAGGAUGAGUUCUGGAAGCAGCGAGGAUUAGCUAAUAUAGUGGACUAAAGUUACAAUAUUAUCAAGUAAUCUGUGUGGAGUUUUAUCAUUUUCUUUUUUGUUUUUGUUUUUUCCUCAUGGCAUUUUUAAAGUUUAGACAAAGUCAAACCGUAAUUUAGAAUUAUCUGUGAAAUAAGCUUUGAAACAACAGAAGUAAGAACCUUGGUUAACAAUAUGAAUCAUGGAAUUAGGUUAAUCGGCUUUUGAGCUUUUCCCCACACUUGAAAAGGACUCUGUAGAUGGAAUCUAUAAAAUCAAUCAGCAAUAGUGUGCAACGUGAAGCUUUAAAAUGUUUUAGUUCUUAUUCAUAAUUAAGCAAAAGAGGACUUUUUACGUGUUUAUACAGCUUCAUCCAAACACGAGGGCACACAGUCGAGGGUUUGCAUAACUUUCGAGAAUUCUCCCAAACCCCCGAGUGUUUAGAUGCGGCUAUGUAAACACGGA